CUCCCGGUCCCCCUCUAACUCCUUCCCCUCCUCCCCGCCCCGCCCCCACCUCCUUCCUCCUUCCGAAGGCUGGUAACUUGUGCCGAGCGGCGGCGGCACCAUCCCAGCGGGCACUAUGGGCACGUCCGCGCGCUGGGCGCUCUGGCUGCUGCUCGCGCUGAGCUGGGCGCCCCGGGGGAGCGGCGCCACCGGAGCGGGGAGAAAAGCCAAAUGCGAACCCUCCCAGUUCCAGUGUACCAACGGUCGCUGCAUCACUCUGUUGUGGAAAUGUGAUGGGGACGAGGACUGUGCUGACGGCAGUGACGAGAAGAACUGUGUAAAGAAGACGUGUACUGAGUCUGACUUCGUGUGCAACAAUGGCCAGUGUGUUCCCAACAGAUGGCAGUGCGAUGGGGACCCCGACUGUGAAGACGGUUCAGAUGAAAGCCCAGAACAAUGCCAUAUGAGAACAUGUCGCAUAAAUGAAAUCAGCUGUGGUGCCCGUUCCACUCAGUGUGUCCCAGUGUCCUGGAGGUGUGAUGGUGAAAGUGAUUGUGACAGUGGAGAAGAUGAAGAAAACUGUGGCAACGUGACAUGCAGCGCCGACGAGUUCACCUGUUCCAGCGGCCGCUGCGUCUCCAGGAACUUUGUGUGCAACGGUCAGGACGACUGCAGUGACGGCAGUGACGAGCUGGACUGCGCGCCGCCAACCUGCGGCCCCCACGAGUUCCAGUGCAGCACCUCGUCCUGCAUCCCCCUCAGCUGGGUAUGCGACAACGACGCCGACUGCUCAGACAAGUCGGACGAGUCCCUUGAGCAGUGUGGCCGCCAGCCGGUCACCCACACCCGCUGCCCAGCCAGCGAGAUCCAGUGCAGCUCUGGCGAGUGCAUCCAUAAGAAGUGGCGCUGUGACGGUGACCCCGACUGCAAGGACGGCAGCGAUGAGGUCCACUGUCCUUCUCGAACCUGCCGGCCGGACCAGUUCGAGUGUGAGGAUGGCAGCUGUGUCCACGGCACCAGGCAGUGUAAUGGCAUCCGAGACUGCGUGGACGGUUCCGACGAAGUCAACUGCAAAAAUGUCAACCAGUGUUUGGGUCCUGGGAAGUUCAAGUGCCGGAGUGGAGAGUGCAUCGAUAUCAGCCAAGUGUGUGACCGAGAGCAGGACUGCAGGGACUGGAGCGACGAACCCCUGAAAGAGUGUAAUGUGAACGAAUGCUUGGUUAAUAACGGCGGGUGCUCCCAUAUCUGCAAAGACCUAGUGAUAGGCUAUGAGUGUGACUGCGCAGCUGGGUUUGAACUGAUAGAUAGGAAAACCUGUGGAGAUAUUGACGAAUGCCAAAAUCCAGGAAUCUGCAGUCAAAUUUGUAUCAACUUAAAAGGCGGUUACAAGUGUGAAUGUAGUCGUGGCUAUCAAAUGGAUCUUGCCACUGGCGUGUGCAAGGCAAUAGGCAAAGAGCCCAGUCUGAUCUUCACUAAUCGAAGAGACAUCAGGAAGAUUGGCUUAGAGAGGAAAGAAUAUAUCCAACUAGUUGAACAGCUAAGGAACACGGUGGCUCUUGAUGCUGACAUAGCUGCUCAGAAACUGUUCUGGGCUGAUCUGAGCCAAAAGGCCAUCUUCAGUGCCUCAAUUGAUGACAAGGUUGGUAGACAUGUUAAAAUGAUCGACAAUGUCUAUAAUCCUGCAGCCAUUGCUGUUGAUUGGGUGUACAAGACCAUCUACUGGACUGACGCGGCUUCUAAGACUAUUUCAGUAGCUACCCUAGACGGAACCAAGAGGAAGUUGCUGUUUAACUCGGACUUGCGAGAGCCUGCCUCCAUAGCUGUGGACCCCUUGUCUGGCUUUGUUUAUUGGUCAGACUGGGGCGAACCAGCUAAGAUAGAAAAAGCAGGAAUGAAUGGAUUUGACCGGCGGCCGCUGGUGACAGUGGACAUCCAAUGGCCCAACGGCAUUACUCUGGACCUUAUAAAAAGCCGCCUCUAUUGGCUUGAUUCCAAGUUGCACAUGUUAUCCAGUGUGGACUUGAAUGGCCAGGAUCGUCGGAUAGUACUCAAGUCUCUGGAAUUCCUCGCUCACCCUCUGGCACUAACAAUAUUUGAGGAUCGUGUCUACUGGAUAGAUGGGGAAAACGAAGCAGUUUAUGGUGCCAAUAAAUUCACCGGAUCGGAGCUGGCCACUCUGGUUAACAACCUUAACGAUGCCCAAGACAUCAUUGUCUAUCAUGAACUUGUACAGCCAUCAGGUAAAAACUGGUGUGAAGAAGACAUGGAGAAUGGAGGAUGCGAGUAUCUAUGCCUGCCAGCACCCCAGAUUAACGACCACUCUCCAAAGUACACCUGUUCCUGUCCCAAUGGGUAUAAUCUAGAGGAGAAUGGCCACAAAUGCCGAAGUACUGCAACUACUGUGACGUACAGUGAGAUAAAAGAUGCCCACAGAACAGAAGGUUCACCAACUAGUGGACUAGUUCCUGGAGGGAUCAAUGUGACCACAGCAGUGUCGGAGGUCAGUGUCCCCCCAAGGGGAACUUCCGCUGCCUGGGCCACCCUUCCUCUCUUGCUCUUAGCGAUGGCGGCGGUAGGCGGCUACCUGAUGUGGAGGAAUUGGCAACACAAGAACACGAAGAGUAUGAACUUUGACAAUCCUGUGUACUUGAAGACCACCGAAGAGGAUCUCUCAAUAGACAUUGGUAGACACAGUGCCUCUGUCGGACACACGUACCCAGCAAUUUCAGUUGUAAGCACAGAUGAUGACCUAGCUUGACUUCUGGGACAAGUCUUGACCUCUGAGGUCUAAAUCUAUAAUCCCACACUUCGGAAUGGUAACCGAGCCAGCAGCUGAAGUCUCUUUCUUCCUCCAGUCUGGGAGAGCAUCAAGAUAUCUUGGCGUGGAUCAAGCUUAUGUCUUUGACCAUUUUUAUACUACUUUUGUAAAUAUUCUUGUCCACAUUCUACUUCAGCUUUGGAUGUGGUUACCAAGUAUCUGUAACCCUUGAAUUUGUAGACAGUAUUGCCACCUCUGGCCAAAUAUGCACUUUCCUUAGAAAGCCAUAUUCCAGCAAUGAAACUUGUGCUAUAGUGUAUACCACCUGUACAUACGUUGUAUAGGCCACCUGUAAAUAUCCCAGAGAACAAUCACUAUUCUUAAGCACUUUGAAAAUGUUUCUAUGUAAAUUAUUGUAAACUUUUUCAAUGGUUGGGACAAUGGCAAUAGGAGAAAACGGGUUACUGAGAUGAAAUUGCCAAAAAAAAAAAAAAAAAAUUGUAAACUGAUUUUGUAUGUAUGAAUGAAAUCUUUGACCUCCGGGGAGGUUGACAAAGACUGAGUGUUCAAACUACUGUACAUUGUUUUUUCAAGUGCUCAAAAAUUAAACCAAGCAACUUAACCACAAUUUGCGCCUGCUCCUCU